CUGAGAUGGCCCGCGAGUUCGCUGUGUUCAGCAGCAUCGCGGAAGGUCUCGACGUUCACCAGAUCUUCGGUGCCGCUGGUGAUGACAUACUUGAUGCCGGCAUCAACGCGGCUGCUCUUGGGGUCUAUUUGUCUACCAUCAGGGCACGAACCGCUGUUGAACUCACGACGAUGAUCACUGGAGCCGACAUCUCCACUCCAUCGCCCGGGGAAGAGGUUGCCAACCCCAUGACUGCCGCAUACAAGCGGGUCUGCAACGGCGAGGACAACGGCAGCACACCCAUUGAGACGCCCAUAGUCGUUUCUCAUGGUCCGUCACCGGAUACCAAGUACACCCGAGACCCAACCAGCACUUCAUUGGUCUGGAAUAUGUCGCCACCGGAUUGUUCGCGCUUUCCUCUCUGCCCUGGACGCGCAUUGCGGUCGCCACUGCUGGAGCGCUGGUCGAUAUGGCCGCUUUUGUCGUUCGACAUUGAGAUACACGACGCCAUUCUCAUCUCCCAAAGCACAUCUCGUGACGAUCUUUAACAUUGUUUUCUUCUCUCUUGACGAUUUCCCGCGGUUCACUGUAAUGCAUCAGCGCGCUUUCCAGCAUUCAAUGGCGUUCUAUACCCCCGGCCUACAGGUUCUUUCUGAGCAUAAAACCUCCGAGCAGUAUUCGUCAGUUGAAUAGAUACACGCAAACCCUUCCACGCGUCUGCAUUCCGAGAUUUGCUGGAGCUAUGCUCGCCUUUGGGCUGAGUCAGUUCUGCAAUGGCCUGGGUUAUAGGAUAUUAUCACGAUUUACACCAAGCAUCUCGUUUCGUAUGCUUGAUCUCGCCUUUUGGUUCGAGAUCGGCAUUCGAAAUAGGAUGGCUUGUUGAGCGGAGGGUAGAAGCGGACAAGACAUGCGCGGGAGGAGAUCUACAUAGUCUCAACAUUUCCAUCAAUGUAUAUAGUCAAU